AUGCACCUUGUCGCAGGAUGGGGCGAGUCAUUCCUGUCGCUGUCCAAGCGCUGGCUCAGCACGCAGGUGUACGGCACGGACGACGAGGACUUCCAGAAUGUCCAAUUACCAAAGCUUCCGGUGCCCGAGCUUCGAGCUACCAUGGACUCUUACCUGGAGUUCGCGUCUGUAAUCGUCAGCCAACAACAGAUGGAAAAUACUAAAAAAAUUGUAAAGGAAUUUAUGGAAGAUCUUGGCCCGAGGCUUCAAGCCACCUUACUGGAGCGUCAGAAAGAGAUGGAUAAUUGGUAUGAUAGUGAAAAUGUAAAAAGUCAAACUAACGAUAACCUAGACUAUACUAUCACAAAAUUGUCACAUAUUACCCAAAGAUCCGUACUAAUGCAAAGAACUGCCGUUUUGCAAGGUGAAGUAAGCUUGGAAUUUACGAAACUAAUCCAUGAUAUAUUAAUAAAAACAAAGGAUCAACAUAAAUAUGAAAUAAGAAAAUACAAUUUAUUUGAGAAUGCGCGAAAAUUUGAUGACAAUUCACUGAGGUCUGUCAUUAUUAUCAUAACAUUAAAUUCUCAUAGAAAUUUCACUGAAACAGUAGCAGAAUCUACUUUAAUUAGUGCUAACGAAAUAGAUGAUUUCCUUCAUGGUAACGGAACAGUUAAUAUCGACCUUAUCGACUCAACUUAUGUACCAAAAAAUGUAAAUGAAAAAGUUUCAAGCACUAAAAAUGUAUCCGAAUGCACCUUAAAAUCAGUUUUUACAUUUUUAACUGAAAGUAGACUCAAAACCUUCAAACUUUUGAGAAAGACCAAUGCAAUAAAAAUAUACGUUAGUAUUUUAACAAAAUAUAACCAUGAUUACUUCAGUAACAUAUGUUGCAGUGCUAAAAAUAAUGCACUAUGUAAAAGAAAAUUUGAUUGGAAUUCUAAAAUCGAUUCUCUGGAAAAAAUUAGUAAGGAUAAACAGCGUGCAAAAAGAGUUGAAAAAUAUAAAGAAACAGUAUCUAAAAUUAAAAACUUAAUUAAGACGUAUACUAAUAAAUUAAUUAAUAAAAGUGAAUAUACAGAAAAGGGAAAAAUUAAUAAAAACCAUUAUUUAAACAAUGACUAUAACUCAGGUCGCACUAUGUUGGUUGAUUUUACAACUGAUUUCCUGUUUCCAAAUAACACAUACGUACAUGAAAAGAAAAUGAGUUUUAAUGAUACUCAUUCCAUCACAAGCCGGAAAGCAUUUGAUUUAAAUGAUAUAUAUGGACAUAAGUCAAAACCAUUUAGAGCUUUAAAAACAGACGAAGUAAUAACAAAUAAUGAAGUAUAUGAAAUUGACCCAAGAGCAACAAUAAAAGUAAGAAGUUUUGCAAAAAGUAUACAGACAUUAGGCAAAUCGAGAUUUCUGCAAACAUUCACAACAAAAUCAUGGUUGAAGCAAAUUCCAUCCCAAACAUUAAAUUAUCCUAGUGGAAAGAACAACAACAGUGUUACAUCAUCAAAUUCGGAGACUGUAACAGUAACAUCUAACUGCGAAUUAACUAGAAACCAAGAACAUUUAGGUGAAUCUAUUUUAAUGAGUAAGCAUUCUAAAAACGUUUUGGUGGUCACUAAGCCACACAUUAAAAAUACUAGCUUCGAAGUUAUGGAAAAAAAUGUAAUAAAAAAAUACAAUCGUGUAGUUGCAACUUCGCAAAACGUAAGAAAUUAUUCAUUUUUAAGAAAUACGUCACAUGACAUAAGAAAAUAUUUUACCGGAACGAGUAAAAUAAGUAAUAUUUCUAUAACAGAAGCAUCAAGAGAUCAACAAAUUGCAGUAAAUGACAUUAUCAUGUCUUCAAAAAAUUUAACAAGUCAAACAAAUAAAAAUAAUUCACAAAAAGUUACUAUUUCCCAUAUAUUCACAAAAUCGCAUAAUACAUCCGAUAAAUAUUCACAACUACGUGAUCUGCCUCUAAAAUCAAAAGAUACGUCCACUACACCUAAACCACUUUCUACGCUUUCGUAUGAAUUUCAUUUCAAUUUAAACGACUCGGCUGAAGCAACCUAUAAAUAUUCAAAUAUUAUUAAUACAGUAGAAAAAGCCACAUUACAAGAAAUUAAAGACAUGAAAACGUCAUCUAUGGCAUUAUUUGUUUCAACCAAACUUCCUCCUUUGUUGCGAUUAACUCUUGUUCCCUCGACUAUCACUAAAUUACACAAUAAAAUGGGAAACAUUUCAACUUCUGCAUUGUUGCUUCCUUAUAGUGACAAAAUCUUCUCCAGCACUAAAAGAGAUUCAAAGACUGAUAACUUAGUAGAUUUAAUUUUAAAUAUAACUAACGAAAGAAGAAGUUUAAAUCAAAUUGGGAUAAAUUUAGAGAAAAUCAAUGCCAAAGGAAAGAACGCCGCAAAUAAUAAAGCAAAAUCAGUAGUGACAAAUGGUUUUUUAGAUAAGCAUUUUUUCAAAAUGACUACUGACACUUUGGAAAGCUCAAAGCUUAAAUUGUACGACAGUCACAAGAUAGCCCAAUCAAACAAGUUUUACGUAAAAGUCCCAAUAACAACGGAGAAGGUAACAAAUGCUUAUGAUCAGUAUUUCAUACCUUCAGAUUUACGUACAAAGAAAAUUCUUGAUGGAAAAAUAAAUUCUUCUCGUGAAAUAACACACUCUAGUUCAAAACAACUAAUACGUAUUUAUCAGCAAAAAAAUGACGAUUAUUCUCAUAAGAAUAUGACUACAGUAAAGUUAAUGCCAUUUUACAUACAAGAAACAGUAAAUAUUAAUAAAACAUCAACUAAAGCUUACAAAAGUAAUACGGGCAAUAAUAUUACCGAAGAUAAUUCAGAUAACCUUAAUAUUAAAACAAGAAUACCGCUGAAUUUUAUCACUAUAGGACAAAAAAUAACAUAUCCUACCACGUCGUUAAAUAAAAAUGCAUCAAUAAUUUUACCUUUAACCACAUCUAAGUAUGUUAAAUUAUCAGAGCUAAUGUCAAAUUCAUCACUUCAACAAAUGUCGCAGACUAGUCAUGACGAAACUGUUAACUCUCCUACACUAUUAAGGACACCGAUAAUUACUAGGAAAAACUUGUCAAUGACAGUGAACCAAUACUUAAAAAAAACACCACAAAUACUUAAUCAGAUAAAUAAAGCUAAACCAUUAGAAAAGCCACUAACAGGUUUCAAUCAUACACUGAUAUUAACAACUUCUAAACCAAGAAUAAAUACCAAAUUUUAUUUUAGUAUACAAGCAACGCCAUCUUUAUUUAUAACACCUCAGAGUCAAGCAACUAAAACAACUUAUUUAUCAUUAUUGAACCCUAAACCAUUUAGGGUUAAUGAAACUAUAACUGAUACUUCUGCCAAAACAAAUAAGUACUAUAAUAGUGACAUUUUAAAAAAUAUACGGUUUUUGACUACAACGAUGGCGGAAAACGAUCAAGUAGCAACAAAAAAAACGUCUAACAUCUUUACUCAACAGAAUGAAUCACUAAUAUUAAACGAAGUAAGGAAAUAUGAAAUGGACAAUUUUAUGAUAACUACCGCUAAAUUACCUCACUUAAAAAUGAAACAGGAUACAAAAUUCAAAAGUAAAAAGAAUGACCAAAAACUAGAAUUAAAAGAACCAAAAGAAAAUAAUGAAAUGAAAAAAGAGCUGCAAAAUGACACGUACUUAAGCCCUAACCAUUCAAAGCAAAUACAACCAUCAUAUGGAAGAACUUCAACGAAUUGUAGUAACAACGGUUUUAAUAACGCGCAUGGUUUCAAUCGAACAGCAACAUUUUAUGGUAAAAAAGAGGAAGCCAUGAAAACACAAGUUAAUGGAAAAAAUUAUACAAUUGAUAAUUAUAAAACUGGAAAUAAUCGAAAUACUUCCAAACAUUAUAUCGUGAGUUCACGCUAUCCAAUUUCGUUUAAUAGCACAAAACAUGCCAUAACAAUAAACAUAAAAUUAACGACUUUAUCAAAACCAUCAAAAUCUUUUGAUUUGUCUAAAACUUUUAAAAAUAAUAUUUCUUAUGGAUCCACUAUUUUGCCUAAAUUAAAGGGUAAGAUUGUCUUACUCAAGAAAAAGACGGUAACGAAAAAACCUUCCUUGACGGUUCUCACAGAAGUCAGUAAAACCGCUACAGCAAAGAAUAUUAAAGAAUUUCACAAAACACAAAGCAUGACGUCAACACAGCAAUCAAUGCUAACUUUUCUCAACGGCUCAGAUACCAGUAACACUGUUUAUAUUAACAAAUCCGAAAACGCACCUGACGGCAUAAUUGGUCAGACUCAACUUUAUAAUAAACUAACGCUUGAUUACCUUAAUCAGAAUUAUGAAUAUACUACAAGGAGUAACCAGAAAUAUACAAAUUAUAAUACCAAUGCUUCUUUAUCUAGAACACUAAGCAAAACUGGCGAAUUGUAUUCAAAAAACCUAAAUAAUAGCAGUAAUAAAUAUACUACGACAACGGAAAAAUAUAGUGACAAAAUAAGUGAUUUUUCAAUACUACAUACUCAACGCUAUACAGACUCAAACUAUAUUUCAAUAAAUCCUAGAAAGUAUUCUAAACAAAAUAAAGUAUUAAAUUAUGGUGACACAUUUAAAAGAAAUAUGACAAACUUAACAUCAAAUAGCAGAACAACUACUGAUUCCCACAUGAUGACCACGGAACUAUUGGAAAAACAAUUGCAUAAAAAGCCGAACUAUAAACCUAAUAUUACGUAUAAUAGACUUAUAAGUACAACUAGUUUAGAUACAAUUACUGAUAAUAGAAUAAUAAUAAAUUCACAACGUUCGAAAGUAAACCUUGUUACUGAUCAAUUCAGCAUUUUCAUGAAUAUAACUACAACUACAAAGCCGAAAUUUGAUAAUAAUGGACAGACUCUCGUUAACAAAAAUAAUUUUACAUCACUACAAAGUAUUGAUAAGAAAUCUCGUAAAUGGAAUAUAAAUAAUGACAUGAAUAAAUCUAAAGAACAUCUACAUAGUUUUAAAGCAAAUAUUGAAAUGAAAAAUAUGAGUGGUGUAUACAGUGAUCAAGUAUUGGUUAUUGGUAGCGUUGUAGUUCUAAAAAGGAAACAAGCUAGUGAUAACAAUCAAACAAUAUUGAAUCAAUUAAAAAAGGUUGUACCUAUAUUCAUACUUUCAGAUCUAAAUAGUACAUCUAUGAGUAAGCAUGUUAAUGAAAAUACAAGAGUUUUCAAACAACCUUCAGUAAGAUCAGAGGUUACGGAUAUGGCCAGCAAGAAAAAGUAUUCAUUACUAAAUAAUAAUAUUGAACAGUAUAAAGAAAAAUCACAAUCACACACAUCUAAAUCUGUCAUAACUAAUAACUCCAUUACCAGGAGUGCUCCUAAAUAUGCGGAUAAACACAAAAUAGUUGAAAAUCAAAAAUUUUAUAAAGAAUAUACUUUUAAAACUCCAAAGCACAAUGAACGCAGUACUAUUGAAAAUAAAUUUUCUCACUUCGAGCAAUUAAAUGGCGUUAUGAAUCCUUCAACUACUACUAAAUCAUAUUCCUAUAUUUUUCAAAGAGAAAAUGAAAUAGGUGGGAACAGGUCAUAUCUCGCUGACAAAUUUUUCUAUAUUACUGAUAUGGAAUUGCCUAAAAGGAGACAAGACAAUCGCAUAAUCUCAGAAAAAACGCCUUUUAAUAAAAAGAGUUUGAAAUUUGUAACGAAAUCUUUAAAAGAUAGUUACAUAUUUAAAAAUAUUACAGAUAAAGAACACAAAAAUAUUAAUCAAGAAGUCACUGUAAUUCCCAGUAAAAAUUUCAAAUAUAUUCAUCCUAAUACAUCAAUUUGUACCACAAAAAGUGUAAACGCAUCAAGUAUUCCUCAUGGUUUCAGUGGUUCAAACUUUAUUGUGGAACGAAAGGGAAUAAAUAAUCAGUCAAAAUUAAGCAUCACUAGCAAUUAUUUUACAACAACCAGAAUUCUACCAGAACUUACGAGAUCUACAACUAAAAAACGAAAAAUUAUUAAAUAUAAUUUUUACAAACCAGUUCCAGAAGAUCUUGAUAUUUCAUUAGACUCUCAAGUAGAGCUUGCCUUUAAAUUAGCAGCUAACAAGAAAAAGGUAUUGUCAAAUAAAGAAAUCAGUUUAUUUAAAAAAUACCAUCACCAUACAUCAGAUUUUAAUGAAAUAUUUAAGCUAGCAAAAAAAAAGUACGAUAUCAGCGAAAAAGUCACAUCUGUCACAGUACGGCAUCCAAUUAUUAAAUGUACAGCAACGAUAAGAUGCCCGGAUACAACAACGGUCCAACUGAAAACAAGAAAAUUUUAUAAUGACUCAAUACAAAAACUUAAUUACACCACUCAAAAGCCGCUGAUAUUAAUAAAUAUGAAUGACAAAAUUAACAAUACAAAUUUUACACCAAAGGAAAGUAACAUUAUAACUAUGAACACUGAAAAUUUUUUUUCACAGAGACGAUUGUACUCAAAGAAAGUUUUAAGGGAUAUGCCAAAUUCGCAACAUCUUCCCCUUUUACUUCACUUCCCAGCUACGUCUAGACCAAGAAAAAUAAUUUUAAGACCAAUAUUCAGAAACUAUGAUAUCGAUAAAAUAACACAAGAGCAAUACUCUAAGCCUAGCCCAGUGCUUAGAAAUAGAGCCAAACAUUACAACGACAAUAUACAAAUUCAUCACAAGUCAAACGCAUUGUAUUGGCAAGACAAAAUUACUUAUUUACAAAAUAAGUUAGAAGCUGAAAUAUUACCAAACGUAUUGGAGAAGCCAGCUCUACUAUCGACAACUGAACACAAGCUUUUGAAGGAUAUUGAUAAACCAAAUUACGCUAAUGAUCAAAGGUUAUUUAACGUGAAAUCGUAUUUCUUAAAACCCGUGACAGACUGGUGGUUGGACGAUAUGUACCUGAAGGUACGGCUGCCUCUUCCUAUCAACUCCAACCCAGGCAUGGUGUUCCCACGCCGUCAAUUUUCCAAAAUGGAAGAGGUUGCCGACCUUGGUGCACUCUUCAUUGAUGAUCUCUUGGAUUAUAAGGAAAUGUUGGACCGAGGGGAGCUGCCACUGGAGAGAGCCACAAGCCGUGAGAAAGGCCAACCGCUGUGUAUGGAGCAGUUCUACCGUCUACUAGGCGUGUGUCGCAUCCCAGAAGUCGGCAAGGAUCGCCUAGAGUUACCGCAUCCACCUCGCGAUCCUGAAGAAGUCGAGGAGUUGGUGAUUGUGGCAUGCAGGAACUACUUCUACCCAAUUCCUGUAAAAGCGGUGGAUCGUGGACGACUUACACCAGGCGAAAUCCAGGCACAGCUGCUGCAUGUUAUGGUGGACGCAGCAGGGGCGACGUCUGCUCCCAGGGUGGGUCUCCUGACAUCCAUGGGCCGAGACCAGUGGGCCAGGGCUAGGGAGCAACUCAUUAGAGAAGAGAACAAUCGCUCGAACCUGGAGCUGAUCUCACGUGCGCUGUGCGUGCUGUGCGUGGACGAGGCGGGCGGCGACCGCGCAGACGCGGACCCCGACACCAACGCCAUGCUGCGGGCCAUGCACGGCGCCGGCACGCAAUACCACUCCGCCAACCGCUGGUUCGAUAAGACCGUCCAGUUAAUCAUCUCAUCGGAUGGCACUGUGGGCAUGUGCUACGAGCACAGCUCGGCAGAGGGCGUGGCAGUCAUCAGGCUAGCAGAGCGGGCGUUGGCUCGCGCAGAAGUUGCCGACCGCCCCACCCCACCUCCAGCGCUACUGCCGGCGCCACAGGCAAUGCGGUGGAACCUCACGCCAGAUCUGCACCAGACUAUCGAUCUGGCCGCAAAGCAACUGGAUCGUCAAAUAGCGGACUUGGACUUCAAGGUGUACACGUACGACAGAUAUGGACGCGAGUUCAUGAAGUCCUGCCGCACCAGCCCCGAUGUCUACAUCCAGCUCGCGCUGCAGUACACUUACUUCAAGCUGCACGGGCAUCUGGUGUCAACGUACGAGUCGGCCUCGCUGAGGAGGUUCCGCGACGGGCGCGUCGACAACAUCCGCGCAGCACACGCGCCCGCGAGAGCCUGGGCCGCCGCCAUGUGCGCGCAUGACCAUCAGCAGCACGACGACACCAGGAAGGUCUCCUUCAACUUGUACGGGGAACAAAAGAAACUAGAACUAUUCGAUGAGGCUGCUCGUAAACAAACCACGAUCAUGGAAGCCAAUAUCCAAGGCCGCGGCAUCGAUAAUCACUUGCUGGGACUCCGUGAGGCAGCGAGGGAGUCGCUUGGCGAGUUGCCGCCCCUCUUUACUGAUCCCACGUACAAGCAAAUGAUCGAGUUCAAGCUUAGCACCAGUCAGGUGACGACUACCACCGAGGGCACGUUCAUGGGCUACGGCGCAGUGGUUCCAGACGGCUACGGCUGCAGCUACAAUCCUAAGAAGGAUUCUAUCAUCUUCUGCAUCGCGUCCUUCUGUUCCUCCAACGUCACCAACACCGAAGCCUUCUGCCUUUCCCUCGAGGAAGCUCUCAACACAAUGAAGCUAAUGUUCCAGAAUCGUAAGGUAGACAACUAA